AUCCCCACAAUAUACAAACACACAAGAAUGGUUCACAAAUUAAUCUUAGUCAGACACGGUCAGUCCGAAUGGAACGAAAAGAACUUGUUUACCGGUUGGGUCGACGUCAAGUUGUCCGCCAAGGGUGUUCAAGAGGCCGAGAGAGCCGGUGAAUUGUUGAAGGAGUCCGGCUUGAAGCCAGACGUAUUGUACACCUCCAAGUUGUCCAGAGCAAUCCAGACCGCCAACUUGGCGUUGGACAAGGCCGACAGAUUGUUCAUCCCGGUUACCAGAUCCUGGAGAUUAAACGAGAGACACUACGGUGCUUUGCAGGGCAAGGACAAGGCCGAGACCUUGGCUGCCUACGGGAAGGAGAAGUUCCAAACCUACAGAAGAUCCUUCGACGUGCCACCUCCAGUGAUCGAAGAUGACUCUGAAUUCUCUCAGAUCGGCGACGAGAGAUACAACGACGUCGACCCUAACGUGUUGCCAAAGACCGAAUCUUUGAAGUUGGUUAUUGACAGAUUGUUGCCAUACUGGCAAGAUGUCAUCGCCAAGGACUUGCUCCAGGGCAAGACCGUCAUGGUUGCUGCCCACGGUAACUCCUUGAGAGCUUUGGUCAAGCACUUGGACAACAUCUCUGACGAAGACAUUGCCGGCUUGAACAUCCCUACCGGUAUUCCAUUGGUCUACGAGUUGGACGAAAGCUUGAAGCCAAUCAAGGCCGCCUACUACUUGGACCCAGAGGCUGCUGCUGCCGGUGCCGCCGCCGUCGCUGCCCAGGGUUCCAAAUAAGCUAGCUAAUUAAUAUCUGGAUUGAACGUUGUAGUAACACAAGGCAGUGAACAUUGAAUAAAACUGAUAAUCAAUGGCCUGGUUGUUAAGUAGGUCGACUUGGAAUCGACCGAGAUAGUCACUCCCUAUCAUAUAUAUAUUGCUACACAUAGUGGUAGCAUGCUCUAUAAAAUGCAUCCGCCUGGAGAUGCUCAGUCCUAAUCCCACUAUUUACCAUUUCUCUUCCAUACCUUCAAGUUUGUGUCCUAUUUACCCGUACAGUCUUUAACCUAUCAUUCCAUUCCUUCAUAUACCACCCUUCCUUG